AGAAAAAGAAAAGUAAUUAAUAAGCUGCAGCUGGUUUCAGCUCAGAGUCAAACAAACAUCAAACUUUCUCCUUUUCCUACUAAUUUCCUCUUCUUCACAGACUACCUUCCCAAAGACAAAUCCACUCUUCUCCCAAAAGAAGAAAAAAAAACUCCCCCUUUCUUCUUCCUCCUCCUUCUUCUUCAUCGCAAUCCGAAUCCAACCCACAUCCAAAUCUCCAAUCUUUCUCGGAAAAACGCGCAGAAAUGGGAUGUUGCGGCAGCAGAGAAGACUCUGCUUCCAAGCCCCAAUUCAACGGCUACACACCACCUCCCCCUCCUUCUCACAACACCCACCAAUCGGCCGCCGUCGAGCACCAUCAGCCGCCGCCGGUGAGGACAGCACCCCCAGCACCAGCUCCCGCUCCGAGGAGACCCGCGGCGGCAGCGAGGGAUACGAUCCUGGGGAAGCCAUUUGAGGACAUCAGGCAGUCCUACACGCUGGGGAAAGAACUGGGUCGGGGCCAAUUUGGGAUUACUUACCUCUGCACGGAGAAUUCCACCGGCCAGACCUACGCCUGCAAAUCGAUACUGAAGAGGAAGCUGGCGAGCAAGAGCGACAGGGAAGAUGUGAAGAGGGAGGUUCAGAUUAUGCAGCACCUGUCCGGUCAGCCCAACAUUGUGGAGUUCAAGGGCUGUUACGAGGACAGGCAGUCGGUCCAUCUGGUGAUGGAGCUCUGCGCCGGCGGGGAGCUCUUCGAUCGGAUUAUUGCCAAGGGGCAUUACUCGGAGAAAGAUGCGGCGAAGAUUUGCAGGGAGGUUGUGAAUGUGGUCCACGCUUGCCAUUUCAUGGGGGUCUUGCAUAGGGAUCUCAAGCCGGAGAAUUUCUUGCUGAGUUCGAAAGAUGAAGCGGCGACCCUGAAAGCUACUGAUUUUGGACUCUCGGUGUUCAUUGAAGAAGGCAAAGUUUAUAGGGACAUAGUUGGCAGUGCGUACUAUGUCGCCCCUGAAGUCUUGCGUCGAAGCUAUGGGAAGGAGAUUGACAUUUGGAGUGCAGGAGUUAUCAUGUACAUUCUGCUCAGUGGCGUGCCUCCAUUUUGGGGAGAAAAUGAGAAGGGAAUAUUUGAUUCCGUUCUCCAAGGAGAGAUUGAUUUCGAGACUGAUCCAUGGCCGAUUAUAUCUGACAGUGCCAAGGAUCUGAUUAGGAAGAUGCUUACUCAAGACACAAAGAAACGUUUAACUUCUGCACAAGUGCUUGAGCAUCCAUGGAUCAAGGGUGGUGCUGCAUCAGACAAACCAAUCGGUAGUGCAGUCCUUUCCAGAAUGAAGCAGUUCAGGGCUAUGAAUAACUUGAAGAAGCUUGCCUUGAAGGUUAUUGCUGAGAAUCUGUCCGAAGAAGAGAUCAAGGGUCUCAAAGCAACAUUCAUGAACUUGGACACAGACAAGAGUGGUACCAUUACAUAUGAAGAACUGAAGACUGGUUUAGCUCGAUUAGGAUCAAAGCUGUCUGAAGCUGAGGUUAAGCAACUCAUGGAAGCUGCUGAUGUGGAUGGAAAUGGAACGAUUGACUACACCGAGUUCAUCUCUGCAACAAUGCACAGAUACAAGCUCGAAAGAGACGAGCAUUUGUACAAAGCAUUCCAGCAUUUCGAUAAGGAUGGCAGUGGGUACAUAACAAGGGAUGAAUUGGAAGGUGCCAUGAUGGAGUACGGAAUAGGGGAUGAAGGCAGCAUCAAGGAGAUCAUUGCUGAAGUCGAUACAGACAAUGAUGGUAAGAUCAACUACGAUGAGUUCUGUGCUAUGAUGAGAAGUGGAGGAGCCGAAGUUCAAGCGAAGCUUUUGUAAAGCUGAGGUAUGGUACUUAUAAAUGGACAACAAAAAGUUGAUGUCUUUGUUUCGAGUUCGUGCGAGGUGCGAUGAUGAUGCUGCUGCUGAUGUUCUUUGUGUAUAUCUUUUGCUUUUGAGUUUUUCCAUUCUUUGAUGUAAUCUUUUGAUGGGGGCAAGUUGAGCUGAGUGCGGAGGCCUUUGCUUCGGGACUACCAUUGAUAGUUGUUACAUUACAUACUCUAUCUGUGCUGUCUUCAGCAGAUUUUGCGCAUGUUUUGGACAAUGAGAAUGUAUUUUAUACGACUACCUCUCUUUCAAAGCUUCUGCUGUAAUACGUGAUUAUUUCUCACUUAUUUAAAAUUGAUUAUUUCCAUUUUGCGGAUA